AUGCCCACUGCUUAUUCAAACAUUUGUGUAAGGAUGAGUUGCACUCAGGAGCUCAAUAAAUUCAAGUGUGGUACUGAGACAGGUUGCCAACUGUGCAAUAAGUCCAUCUGUGAAAUUUCCUUGCUACUAAAUAUUCCAUGGUCAAAUGUUAAUGGUAUUACAACAAAGUGGAAGCGACUGGGAACAACAGCAACUCAGCCAUGAAGUGGUAGGCCACGUAAAAUGACAGAGCGGGGGUCAGUGCAUGCUGAAGCACACAGCACACAGAAGUCGCCAACUGUCUGCAGAGUCAGUAGCUAAAGACCUCCAAACUUCAUGUGGCCUUCAAAUUAGCACAAGACUAGUGUGUAGAGAGCUUCAUGGAAUUAGUUUCCAUGGCCAAGCAGCUGCAUCCAAGCUUUACAUCACCAAGUGCAAUGCAAAGUGUCAGAUGCAGUGG